AUGUCGUGCAUCGAGUUGUAUAUUGAGUUUGAGCAAUCCGAAGCAGACCGUAACAUUGAAUUGGAAGAUUAUAAUAGUGAAAGCGAGGAUGAAUUUGAAAGUAACUAUGAGAUCGUUGGUCCAGGUGAAGAUGAAGAUGAAACUGGCGGUGCUAUGAAUGCAGAUGUGGCAGAAGUUGCAAAUGCACUAGCAAACCCGCAUCCGUUUCAGGAGCCUUCUUUCAUGCGGUCGUUGGAUUUGGAGGCUAUGCACGCACCGGAGUUUCCGCAAUAUAUGAAUGCAGCCCUUCCUAUUGUGGCGGAUGGUGAGUUCACAGUGGGGAUGGAAUUCAGUUCAAGGGAGGCAGUAAUCAAGGUAAUGAAAGAUUAUACCAUUCGAAGAGGUGUAGACUAUCGGGUAUAUGAGUCGGAACCCACGACAUUCUAUGCCAAAUGCACAGAAUAUGGCAAUGGUUGUGACUGGUUGAUCAGGGUAACCAAAAUGCAGAAGAAGUAUUAUUGGGAGAUAAAGAGGUACAAUGGAAGUCACACGUGUACCAGGUCAACUAUUUCUCAAGACCAUUCAAAGCUGGAUUCCAAGACAGUUGCAGAAGCAAUUAAGCCGUUGGUAGAAGUUGACCCAUCUAUAAAGGUAAAAUCAAUCAUUGCUAAAGUCCAGUCAAAGUUUAACUACACCAUCAGUUAUCGCAAGGUUUGGUUAGCAAAGCAGCAAGCGGUGGAAUCAAUUUUCGGUGGUUGGGAAGCAUCGUAUGAAGCUUUGCCCAUAUGGUUUGAGGCCAUGUGUCACAAGGUGCCAUCAGCAGUGGUUCACUUUGAAACAAUGCCUGCUUACCAGUGGGAUGAUUUGGUUCCUGAUAUACGUGUACUGCAUAGAGUCUUUUGGAGCUAUUACCCUUGUAUAAGGGCCUUCAGACACUGCAAGCCAGUGGUGCAGGUGGACAGGACUCAUUUGUAUGGAAAAUACAAGGGUUGUUUAUUGGUUGCAAUCUCACAAGAUGGUAAUAACAACAUCGUACCUAUUGCAUUUGCCAUAGUGGAGGGAGAGACUUCUGAUGCAUGGUACUUUUUCCUGAGUAACUUGCGUCAACAUAUGGUGACACGUGACAGAGUGGGACUUAUCUCUGAUCGACACGAUUCUAUUAGGUCAGCUAUUGAGAGAAGUAAAUUAUACAACAAUCCUUCAAUCAUAUUCAUUACCUUAUAA